CUUCUUAGCGACCUCCCUCGAACCGCAGGGUCUCCGCCGAAUCCUUCGCGCUCAGAAGGCCCCGUCUCUCUUUCUCCCGAUACUGUCCUUACUUCCCUCUACUUGGUAUCAUGACGCUCAGGGCACGUUCAAUUUUUGUGGCCGCCGCGCUGGCCAGUGUGACAAAGGCAUACUUCCUCAUGGGUUCCGAUUUCCUUCUGGAGUCGGAACGCAUCGACCCCAUCGUCAACAAAGAUGAAGUGUCUCCGCAUGCGCACCGCGUCCUCGGUGGCAGCAAUUUCGGAAUGAACACGAACACGAGCUAUCUGCGAGAGAGCGAGUGCACUUCGGUGCCUAUCGACGAGGACAAAUCUGCGUAUUGGACGGCUAACCUUUGGUUCCAUUGGGCCAACGGAUCCAUGUCCAGUGUGUCCGGCGGUAAUGUCAUCUAUUAUCUGUUCUCGGACGAAUCAGGAAAAACGACGGCGUUCCCGGACGGUUUCCAGAUGAUCUCUGGCAAUCCUUCUUUGCGUACCUUCGACGAAAACAGCGUCGCUCAGAAGGCUAUCACCUACCUUUGCCUUGAUUUCGAUACCGGAGAAACUACCAAGACCUACGACUUCCCAACCACCAAGUGCAAGUCGGGUUUCCGAUCGCAGAUCAAUUUCCCCAUGUGCUGGAAUGGCGUGGACGCGGACUCAGAGGAUCAUCAAUCGCACGUAGCAUUCGCUCCAGAUGGACCAGACGGUGGCUCGUGCACAGACUCCGAAUACCCCGUCACGCUGCCUCGCAUAUUCAUGGAGGUCUACUGGGAUACCACCCCUUUCGACGAUUACUGGGACCAAGCGGCCAACACGUCCCAGCCCUUCGUUCUUUCCAACGGCGACUCGACGGGCUACAGCUACCACGCUGAUUACAUCUAUGGCUGGGACAGCGGCGUCUUGCAGAAUGUCGUCGACAACUGCCACUGCGACCCCUCGGGUGGCACUGAUUGCUGCGCAAACCAAGGGCUUUUCACGUUAACGAAGGACAAGACCUGCAAGCUCACCAAGCAGGUCGACGAAGACGCUCUGGGAACCUUGACCGCUCUUCCGGGAAACAACGCCAUCGUCGGCUUCGCUGGCAAAGUCGACAUGUCAAACGCGAGUGCUACCCCAGCUAUCUUAGCUGCAUCCGUCGUCACCAGCGGUGCCGCUACCGCUACCGGCGCAGUGAUAGUGCCCGCUGCUACCGGCGCCGCCUCCAGUGCCACCGAUGCAGAUACGUCGGCCGGCAAUGUGGACCUGGCGGCUUCGACGUCCUCGGCUGCAUCGUCUACCAAGACUUGCUCCAGCAUCCGCAAACGCCAGCGCAGCCACAAACGUCACGCCCUACGCCGCGAGCUAUCCCAAGGAUCUUAUGGCCUGUAACGGAAGCUGCUCAUGAUACGUUCCAUAUACUCACGACGGUUGCAUGUUUUCGCCAUAACCAGUCUCUUACUAUCCCUGUCAUCCGUAGCAGGAAACGGGUGACCAAGCUGCUAGACAGCUGAUCUUUCCAGCGCGUGCGCUACGUAUCUUUGUAUGUUCUUCUUUGAAUACACUUGUAUUGUUUUGCUUCAUUUCCGAAUCGUGAACUACUACUCAAGCCUUAUGCGAAGCCAUCUGCAUGCGCAUCCUCCAGCAG